ACUAUUGUAAAUAGGUAUGAGGAUCCUUCUCGAUCAUUUCUUUUUAGGUUUGGUCUCAAUUCUCUUCUUUCGAAGCUUACAGGAGAAAGGAUUCAGAAGCUGCUCUCUAAGUUGAAAUUCACUCCGCUCAAGGUCACAAUCCCGAAGAUGAAAAUUGAGACCGACUUCAAUCUCAAAGAAGCGCUAAUGGCGAUGGGAGUGACGCAGAUGUUUUCUGGCAACGCUGAUUUGACUGGAAUAUCCAAGGCGCCUCCGCUCCACAUUUCGGACGCUGCUCACAGAGCUAUGAUCGAGGUGGAUGAAGGAGGAACAACCGCGGCGGCCGCUACAGCUAUCGUGGUGAGGACGAUGUCAGGUUUCGUGGAGCGACCGGUGGAAUUUCAAGCUGAUCAUCCAUUUUUGUUCAUCCUAACGAAAGAUAACAAUCCUUUGUUCAUGGGUCAAUUCGUGUGA